AUGUAUGCAGAUCAAUUGCUAAGUAUUCCUCCAGUAACAAUGCAGACUGUUGGCUUUGCACUUUUAUGCAUGACUAUUGUCCUUAUAUUAUUUACUCCUUCAUUGAGUACAAUAUUGCCUGGGACUGCUGCUGUUUUAUCAAUUAAUAUUGGAGUUUUUGGCCUUUUAUUUUAUUGGAGUAUUGACUUGGACCCAAUUUCGAUGACAACAACGUAA